UUAUUAUCUGUGUAUAAUGAUUCCCCCCUCCAGUACUAACGCUAUCACACCUGCCUGCACAACAAAGAGUGGGGCCAUUCGGACGGCCGAAUGUAGUAGGGACGGAGGGUGAUUUCUUUUCUUUGAAUUUCAACCAAGGAGCGGAGAAUCGCUGCUAAGAUGUCGAUACGAUCCAAGGACAAGAACAAAGUCGUCACAAAGUACGUCUUAGGGGGCAGCACGACGAGCAGCGUCUCCAAGACGUCGACGAAGAUGACGUCUUCAUCCAGUAGUAAGUCAUCCAGCAGUACCCGCGUGACGACCAUGUCCAGCCAAUCCACCAGCUCCAGCGCGUCUUCAUCCGGUAGUAAGUCAUCUAGCGGCACCCGCGUAACGACAAUGUCUAGCCAGUCCACCGGGUCCAGCGCGUUUCGCUUCGGCAGUACAGGCAGCACACCCCCGACGAGCCCACUGUCAAGCCCCGCUACACCUCGGCGAGGCCUCUCGCGUAGUUCCUCCAGCUCCUCCAGGUCCCGAUCAUUGUCGAGUUCCAGCACGGAGAGAAGGUCUAUCAUCAGCCCGCUGUCGAGCCCCGUCACCCCGAGGAGAGCAACUGCGGGUUCCCUGUCAGGCCCCAUGGUGAAGUACUCGCCCCCCAGUCCUCAGCCAAGCCCUACUCUAACCAGGCGCAUGGAGCGGUCUUCUUCAAUGGAACGCCUCGGCAGCCGUUUGACAUCCACGCCGAUCUCAGCACUCAUGAAGAACGGGCAACCCGCUCCAGGCGCGACAGCCGCCGCGUUCCUAGCAUCAUCACAGAAAACGUCACCGAUAUCUCGCGAUUCUAAGGUGACAACAGUCAGCAAAACAAGCUCAUCUCUCUCCCAACAAGGUGCUUCAUCAGCAAAACAGAGUCUGGCUGCAAAAACUUCAGUUGUUUCUGGUAAAACGUCGGCUACCGCUGGAACAAAACAAGAGAAAACAGCAGCCAGCACAAAAUCUACAUCCUUAACUACCAUGAAGUUAGGAUCCUCAUCGACAAGCAGCACGAAGUCUUCGUCAUCAACUGCAGCAAAGUCUUCAUCAACUGCCAUCGCAACAACUUCCUCUACAUCAACAACAAGCACAAAGUUCACAUCCUCCUCCACAGCCCUUGCAAAGUCGACAUCUUUAUCGUCAACCGUCACAAAAUCAGCAUCUUCCUCAUCAUCCGCUGCUGCAUCAUCAGCGUACCGUUUUCAAGGAUCCACCGUGACUCCCUCGGCGUUCAACUUCGGGGCGACAGUCGGGUACACCACGCCACCUGCGCCGUUCCGCUUCGAUGCGAACUACGGUACCGGAACGAUAGGCUACUCCAGCCGGGGGGAUGCCAGCACCUCCAUGGCCCUGGUUAGCCCGAGGCAGAAAUCUUCAUCCACAUCCUUCGCCAGCAUCCUGAAGAGUCAGCGCGUGGUACCCAUACCUCCACCGGCACCAUCCACUGCUUUGGUACAUAGCUUGGAUAGUAGAGCGACUGCCUCAUUCUCACCACCAUCAUACUCAUCAUCAUCAUCUUUCUCAUCAGCAUCAUCAUUAUCAUCAUCAUCUUUUGACCAUGAACAGUCCCAAAUCAAACACUCUCAGUCCAUCACCACACAAAAAGCUUCUACCAAGACAACAUCGUCAGCUGCAUCAGCAAGCUCCUUCGCCAGCAUCCUCAAAAGCCAACGUCCCUACACGGCACCAUCUAAUACGGAUGAAGACAUCCACAUUAGAAUCAUCGACAAGCAAAAUAGAGAAAUUGUCAACUACAAACUAGCGGAGCCUAAACCGGAAGUGGUAAAAAUGGCACGAAUAGAAGAGAAGGUUGAGGAAGAAAAGGUUGAGGAAGUGAAAGUAGAUGAAAUGGAAACAGAGAAGAUCGUACAGGAGAAAGUUGAAGAGAUGAGGAAAGCGAUCGCGGUGGAUGAGAAGACACAGCAGAUCAUGGUGGCGACAAAGGCGGAAGAACUGAAGAAUGAACUUGUGAUGAAAAGGAAAGCUGCGGCCCUGCACGUCCAUAAGUCCAUAUACGAUGAGUACACAUUUGCCACGGGGGCCUGCAUCGGUAGGCAUUGUGUAGGAUUCCUCCUUCUGCGCACGCGCUGUAAGCUGUGCGAGCUCUGGUUGGUCAGCUACCUGACCAAGCUUCAUCUGGUGGAGCAACGCAUCCGGGUACUUCUGGACACUCGGACCGACGACUUCUUCACGACUGGUGGAGGAAGCGGCACGAAGUACACCGAAGUGAUUGCACGUGCACGAAACGGCACGAUGUCAACCGAGAUGGUGGCACGAAACGGCACGAUGGAAACCGAGAUGGGGCGAAGCAGCACGAUGCACACCGAGAUGAGGCGAAGCGGCACGAUGCCCACCGAGAUGGGGCGAAGCGGCACGAUGCACACCGAAAUGAUGGCAAGAAACGGCACGAUGCAAACCGAGAUGGUGGCACGAAAUGCCACGAUGCAAGUCGAAACAGCACGUACCAGCAAGAUGCACACCGAGAUGGAACAAAGCAGCACGAGUCAAACCGAGAUGAUGGGACGAAGCGGUACGAUGCAAACCAAGAUGAUGACGACAACAGUCGGUCUACAUGAGGGAAUGGAUCAAGGAUUUAUCAAUGGAGACACCUCCCGAGUAGAAACACGAGUGAUAACAACUACUCAAUAUGUAAAUAGUAUCUAACUGCGUGGUAUUAUACUACAACCACAAAUACUCUUUCAGAAAUUCAUGAUAAGUUAUUCACCUCAGUUGUAUAGUAUCAAUAUAUCUAAUGAAAUUGGAUGAUGUUCUCGUGAAAUAACUAAUUGAGUAACGUUAUUAUUGCAAAUGGAUUUCAACAUCUACUGCGUGUGUUAAGGGGAAGUUAAGCUAUGGUGAAACCGUGAAAGAUAGGAAAAGGCUUAGCAAUGUUUGUAAAAUGCCUUUGCAUGUUUGUAAAAUGUACGUCAUUGUGAAGUGUCUAAUAGUUGAUCAUGAGGUACAAGGACUGUACACACACGCUGUGCCUUUCUUUUGGAUAUUGUUACGGCUCAUUAGUAUGCGGAAUGCAGCAAUAUGUGCAGACGACCUGAACGUUGUUAAUUGUGAGAAGCCUGGAUAAUAGGCCAAUUAUUAAUAUUCCCAUCUUAUUGUAACGUGUGAUAUGUUUUAAUGGUAGCGUAGAAACUGAUAGGUUGGUGGGGGCUCAAAUAUUGGGCCAAUGCUUUAGUAGUUGUAUUAACUAUGAAUUAAAAAAAAACAUUAUUGUCAAAUUGUACAGUUGACAAACAAAGGUCCAAGCAUGGGUUGACGUUUGUACCUUAAUUAAUCUCUCUCUCUUUAUCCCUCGUUUGUUUCUAUUUCUGAGUGUAACUUAUUUGAGAGAAGCCCAGUUGAUGGGCCAAUAUAAAGGUAGUUCAAGAAAUAUGGUAUAAGAGAUGUUGUCGAGAAGCCCAAUGGUGGGCCGCACAUAUUAACCAAUCGCAAUUGAGUAUAUCGCCGUGUAGUGUUGUGUAAGGAAGACGACAAACAACAAGUCGUUGGAUGUGCCCGAUUGGUGCGUUAUUUGUUGACCCCGGGGUCACACUGACCCGACCGGUUUCACUAGUGCGACCCGUGAAGCUAAUUUAUUGGAUUGUCCCUAUAAUCUUAUUGGAUACAUAGUGAACCAUGUUUGUUUAACGAUUCCAAGCCGUAAUAUUUUAUCUUCUAAUAAUAUAUCUAUUUCUUUGUUAUGAUAUUAUACUUGGUUGUCACGAGGUACCAAAAUGUGGCGGAAAGGGUAACAAAUAUUCAUUUAUGGGGUGGAAUGUAUGUUAAGUAUAACUAUAACCCAUGGGAUCAUAUAGAAAGGUAUGUAGGGUAUACGUAUACAGUUAUCAACGUUACAUGUACUCGUAUCUUCUCACGUUGGACAAGUAUAGAAAUGACGUAAUGGUGUAUAAACGUGUGACUUAAUGGUGUAUAAACGUGUAGAACAAACGUAUUUGGUUGGAUUUGGGAUAUCAAUAUAAUCUCCAUUUGUAAAAAAAAGGUACACUACUUUGAGCAUCCUUACAGUAUAGUAAUGGCAAAUCUACUUCUGGCUUGUAUCUUUGCUGAAAAAUCGGUUCACUGUUUGAACUGUGCAUGCGCGAGCUCAAAGGUGAAUGCCCCUAACUUGUAAGCAGCUCUUGUCUAGAGUGACAAUGUCACCAGAAAUACCUCAAAUGUACUACAGGUUUUAAUCGGCACAAAUACCUGUAUUGUGCAUUUUUACUGCCUACAGACAAUGUCAUAAGAAAAAAAUCCAAUAUACUACCGUUUUUGCUCGGCACAAAUACCUCUAUUGUGCAUUUCUACUGCCUACAAACAAUGUCACCAUAAAUACCUCCUAUGUGCUACAGUUUACCCGACACAAAUACCUCCAUUUUUAUACUGUACUGUACACCUGCAUACAAUAUAGCUUCAAAUCUAUGAUGUUAAACUGGAUUUUGUCUUGCAACCUUACGCUUCAACUUGAACAAACCUUAUGUUACAGCUUUGUUAAAAGAUCUCUCAUGUUUGCCGUUACAUAUACAUCUAUCUU